CCCCUUCCGAAUCGGGACUGCGCGUGCGCAUCUCAAGCCUGACUGGGUGGACGUUCCCUCCGACCCCUUCGGAAUUUAAAGGGCCCGUUGCCUUCCCGAAGUUGGUUUGAGGCAAGGGCUUGUUGGUGUUGACAGCACUUUGUCAUGGGACCGAUACGGUUGGGAAUGCUGCUUUUCAUUUUGGUUGUGUACGGCGCUUGGGUUGGGACGUCGAAGGAGGACGAUGACACAGAACGCUUGCCCAGCAAAUGCGAAGUGUGUAAGCUGCUGAGCCUGGAGCUACAGGAAGAGCUGAGUCGCACUGGCCGAUCUCGAGAAGUGCUGGAACUGGGGCAGGUGCUAGACACGGGCAAGAGAAAGAGACACGUCCCUUACAGUGUUUCAGAGACAAGGCUGGAAGAGGCCUUGGAGAAUUUGUGUGAGAGGAUCCUGGAUUACAGUGUUCAUGCUGAGCGCAAGGGUUCACUGAGAUAUGCCAAGGGUCAGAGUCAGACCAUGGCAACACUGAAAGGUCUGGUGCAGAAGGGGGUGAAGGUGGAUCUGGGGAUCCCUCUGGAGCUGUGGGACGAGCCCAGUGUGGAAGUCACGUUCCUCAAGAAGCAGUGUGAGACCAUGCUGGAGGAGUUCGAAGAUGUCAUAGGAGACUGGUACUUCCACCAUCAGGAGCAGCCCCUACAGCAUUUUCUCUGUGAAGGUCAUGUGCUCCCCGGUGCUGAAACUGCGUGUCUACAGGAAACUUGGACUGGAAAGGAAAAGAUCACGGAUGGGCAAGAGAAAACAGAAGGGGAAGAGCAAGAUCAGGAGGAGGAGGAAGAGGAAGAGAUGAUCAACACCCCAGGGCACUCCAAGCAUGACCCAGAGGAUCUUUGACCAUUGCCUUUGAGUCCCCAGGAAGAGCAGGAAUCAUGGAGAAGAGCCUUCUGAAAUCUAAGGUCCCCCUGCUCCACAUAAGGGCGUAUGUGUAUGUGUGCGUAAUCCCACCCCAGAGCUUAUAGCUGUUCUCUCCUGUCUGGUCUCAGGCAGGAUCCUGGUGGUGCAGCAUGGCACAGCUAUGGCAACAAAGGAAGGAGCAGUAGGUGGAAGGCCUGCUCCAACAGAUGAGUCCUUUGCCUGCCAUCUAGCCCCUUAAGUGUCAGGUGUGUGUGAUGACAGCAUUGAAGGCUUUCCCCUUUAAAUCUCUCUAGGACUCCCCACCCCACCAAAGGUCAGUGAAGGCACUGGAGCUGAGGGUCUUGGGAGUCACUUUGCUCUCGGGGUCUGUUGUUUUAGACCUUAAAAACUCCAGCAUGGACAUUGAUUCUCUCCGACCUAUGCACACUGCCUGCGUCUAGGAGGCUACAAGCCAACAAACCGGAGAAGGGGACACUAAUGAGGAGCGAUGUUAAGUUAGGUGGGGGUAGAUAUCUGUCUACUUCAUACUGAUUUCACCGAGGGCCCACCAUAUAGUUUCACAGGUGCCAAAUUUUCUAAUCGCUAGUAAAAAUAUUUUUAAAUAUCA